GGGAGACCCGGGCCCCGGUGGCUUUCUACAGUGAGCGUGGGGAGCGGGCGUGGGGGGGGGGGCCGCCCGUGGCGCCGGCGGCUGGGACCAUGUCGGCGGACGAGGAGGAGCUGAAAGUCCCGGAGGAUAUGUUCAAAGAUGUCAAGUUCUUCGUGGUGGGAGACAUCGACCCCAAGGUUAUUCAACUUCUGAAAGCUGGAAAAGCAAAGGAAGUCUCUUACAAUGCGCUGGCUUCACAUAUUAUUGCAGAAGAUGGGGACAACCCAGAAGUUGGAGAAUCUCGUGAAGUUUUUGAUCUCCCUGUGGUAAAGCCUUCCUGGGUGAUCUUGUCUGUUCGCUGUGGAGCUCUUCUGCCUGUAAAUGGCUUUUCUCCAGAAUCGUGUCAGAUCUUUUUUGGAGUCACUGCCUGUCUCUCUCAGGUUUCAUCUGAGGACCGAAAUACACUGUGGGCUUUGAUUACAUUUUAUGGAGGGAAUUGCCGGCUGAGCCUCAAUAAUAAGUGCACUCAUUUGAUUGUGCCUGAGCCAAAGGGGGAAAAAUAUGAAUGUGCAUGUAAACGGGACAGCAUUAAAAUUGUGACACCUGACUGGGUACUGGAUUCUGUAGCUGAUAAGACUAAAAAAGAAGAGAUUCCUUAUCAUCCUCGUUUAAAUAUAUACGAAGAGGAAGAAGAGGAAGAGGAGGAAGAGGAGGAAGAAGUAGAAAAUGAAGAACAAGAUUCUCAAAAUGAAGCUAGUACUGAUGAGAAGUUAUCAAGCCCAGCAUCUUCUAGAGAAGGAUCACCUUUGGGUGAUCAAGUUUUUUCACCAAAAUCUACUACUGCUGAAAAGGCAAAAGGGGAACUGAUGUUUGAUGAUUCUUCAGAUUCCUCUCCAGAAAAGCAGGAAAGGAAUUUGAAUUGGACACCUGCUGAAGUCCCACAGGCAUCUGCUGCAAAGCGCAGGUUGCCCCAAGGGAAGGACUCUGGGUUAAUUAAUUUGUGUGCCAAUGUCCCACCAGUGCCAGGUAAUAUUUUGCCUCCAGACAUGAGAGGCAAUCUAAUGGCUUCAGUACAAGGUGCCCAAAGUUCUGAUCGACAGGAGAUGAUGGCUACGUGGAGUCCAGCUGUGCGGACGUUAAGGAAUAUUACUAAUAGUGCUGAUAUUCAGCAGAUUAAUAGACCAUCAAAUGUAGCACAUAUAUUACAAUCACUUUCAGCACCUACAAAAAGUUUAGAACAACAAGUAAAUCAUAGCCAACAGGGACAUCCAAAUGCGGUGCUGUUUAGUCAAGUGAAACUAACACCAGAGACACAUUUGUUACAGCAGUCACAUCAAGCACAACAGCAACAGCACCAUCCUCUUCUACACCUUCAACCUCAACAACUUAUGCAGCUUCAACAGCAGCAGCAGCAGCAACAACCCCAGAUUUCUCAGCAGUCUUUCCAACAGCAGCAGCCUCAUCAGUUUUCACAACAGCAGCAGCAAGUCCAUCAGCAGCACCAGUUCGCACAACAGCAGCUUCAGUUUCCACAGCAGCAGUUACAUGCUCAGCAGCAGCUACACCGUCCUCAGCAACAGCUCCAAUUCCAACAGCAGCAUGCUUUACAGCAGCAACUUCAUCAAUUGCAGCAGCAGCAGCUACAACAGCAACAACUGCAGCAGCUACAGCAACAGAAUCUGCAACAACAACAACAACAGCUGCAACAUCAUCAGCAACAAAUACAGCAGCAGCAGUUGCAGCAGCAGCACUUACAGCGAUUACACCAACAGCAUCAACAACAGCAAAUGCAGAAUCAGGCAGCACAGCACUUAACUCAGGCACCUCAAGCACUACAGCAUCAAGUUGCUGUCCAGCAGCCACCACACCACCAGCAGCAACAGCAACAACUGCAACAGCAGCCACUUUAUGGACAUGAUCCAGCAGUGGAAAUUCCAGAAGAUUAUUUCCUAUUGGGCUGUGUCUUUGCAAUUGCUGAUUACCCAGAACAGAUGUCAGACAAGCAGCUCUUAGCGACCUGGAAACGGAUCAUUCAAGCACAUGGUGGGACAGUGGACCCUACCCUUACAAGCAGAUGUACACAUCUUCUUUGUGAAAGCCAAGUCAGUAACAUGUAUGCUCAGGCUUUAAGAGAAAGGAAGAGAUGUAUCACAGCACAUUGGCUGAACUCAAUCCUGAAGAAGAAGAAAAUGGUCCCACCUCAUCGAGCCCUGCAUUUUCCAGUGGCAUUUCCACCAGGAGGAAAGCCAUGCUCUCAACAUAUAAUCUCUGUGACAGGAUUUGUUGAUAGUGACAGAGAUGACCUCAAACUAAUGGCCUACCUAGCAGGUGCCAAAUACACAGGCUACCUGUGCCGCAGCAAUACAGUUCUCAUCUGCAAAGAGCCCAGUGGCUUGAAGUAUGAGAAGGCUAAGGAGUGGAGAAUCCCCUGUGUAAACGCGCAGUGGCUCUGUGACAUACUGCUAGGGAACUUUGAAGCUUUGCGGCAGAUCCAGCACAGUCGGUACACAGUGUUCAGUCUUCAGGACCCACUUUCUCCAAGUCAACAUCUAGUCCUAAACCUUCUGGAUGCUUGGAGAGUCCCAUUAAAGGUAUCACCAGAACUAUUGAUGGGUGUGAGGUUGCCUUUGAAACCAAAGCAAAAUGAGUCCAGUCUUCAGCCAUCUUCCAAAAGAGCAAGGAUUGAAGACCUCCCACCACCUACUAAAAAACUCACCCCAGAAUUGACACCGAUGGUGCUUUUCACAGGAUUUGAACCUAUGCAAGUUCAACAGUACAUUAAGAAACUGUAUAUCCUUGGAGGUGAAGUAGCAGAAUCUGCUCAGAAGUGUACCCAUCUAAUUGCAAGCAAAGUGACCCGAACCGUCAAAUUCCUGACAGCAAUUUCUGUAGUCAAGCACAUAGUAACUCCAGAGUGGUUAGAGGAAUGUUUCAAAUGCCAGAAGUUUGUUGAUGAGCAGAACUUUGUGCUCAGAGAUGCUGAAGCUGAAGUGCUUUUCUGCUUUAGUCUAGAAGAGUCUCUAAAGAGGGCACAAGUAGCUCCACUCUUCAAGGGAAAGUACUUUUACAUUACACCUGGAAUCUGUCCUAGUCUUUCCACCAUGAAAGCUAUUGUGGAAUGCGCAGGAGGAAAAGUGCUCUCUAAGCAACCUUCUUUUCGAAAGCUCAUGGAGCACAAGCAGAACAAAAGUUUGCCAGAGAUAAUCUUGAUUUCCUGUGAAAAUGACCUUCAUCUGUGCCGAGAAUAUUUCGCAAGAGGCAUAGAUGUCCACAAUGCUGAGUUUGUCCUGACUGGAGUACUCACUCAAACACUGGAUUAUGAAUCAUACAAAUUUACUUGAUGGACAGUGCAAUGCCUUACUGCUUCGGAAUCCUUGGAGCACCAAAUCUUAACUGUUCAGCCAUCAUACAAAUCUUCCUGUGGAUGCUGUUUUCCAGCUGUUUUCCUAGGGGUGAUGAGGAGUUUAAAGCAGGAAAGCAAAAAAAUUCAACUGCAUCUUUUUUAGGAUGUGUAAUUUUAUUACGCUGCAACAUAAUUUACUAUGUUUUGUAUUAUACCAUUUUAAAAGAGCCCACUUCAGGUAUCAGGAUUUAGCCCCUUUUUAAAUGUUUUCACAGGAGAUGGUGGUACUUCAGCCAAAAGGGUCAUUUGGGUGUAAAAAAGAAAGAAAAAGGGCUUGCUAUAUUAAAUUAUGGAUGUUGAAGAUGAAAAUGUUUUGUACUUUAUUUUUAUUUCUUAAUACUCUAUUUUCUUUUAUAUUGCUAUUUUGCCCACCUUUUAAAUAAAUGUACUUUGCAAUGUUUUACUCUAUUUUUUAGUGGUGGUGGUUCAUUUUUGGUUUUGGAAUACUGUGCAACAGUUGGCACUCUGGUAAGAGUAAAUUACUCGAAUCUUUUUUCCUAGCAAUGUAAAAAGCUUCAUCACCAGGUGUGUUUUUUCAUAGAUGGAAUCCCAGUGCUUUUUAGGGAAGUUGUUGUAAAUGUGUAUUAUGUGUUCUUACUGAAACAAGCAGCUUGAAGGAAGGGGGAAAAAAAACCACCUAUUAACCUUGCCUAUUACACUGUUGUGCUAACUUCUGUUUGUAUAGUGAGUUUUCCUAAAAUAAAUAUUAAAA